AUGCAGGUUUAUGAAAAAGAUGGAGACAUUCUUUUUGGAGCGCUUAUCCCUGUGCAUUUGCGACCAGAAAUAAUUACUAUAAAUUAUACUGCAAAGCCAGCACCAAGGAAAUGUGACAAGCUCUCUAUUCAGCGUUAUCUACAAGUCCUUGCCAUGGUCUUUGCUAUUAAUGAGAUCAAUGAGAAUCCAGAACUUCUGCCAAACAUUACACUGGGCUUUCGUAUAUUUGACUCCUGCUACAAUGAAAUACAGGCUAUUGAGGGCACUCUACAGAUUCUGUCACUGACCAAAAAGGCAAUUCCAAAUUACAUAUGUGAAAUAAAAUCAAAAAUUGUAGGAUUAAUAGGAGACCUUCAGUCUUCUUUCUCUCUUGCAGUGGCCAGAAUUUUAGGAAUCUACAAAUUUCCACAGAUAAGCUAUGGUUCUGCACUGGCCGACCUAAGUAACAAGAUCAGUUUCCCUUCUUUUCUACGCACUAUCUCAAGUGAUAAAGUGCAGCCUUAUUAUUUCAGUCUCAUAAUGAAUCACUUUAAUUGGACCUGGAUAGGAAUUGUGGCUUCUGAUAAUGAUUUUGGCCUGUAUGACAGUGAGCUCUUAAGGAAAGACAUUGAAGCAGCUGGGAUUUGUGUGGCCUAUUUUAUACGGAUAUCUGCCCAACACACCAGAGAUCGGACACUCUCUAUUCUCCAAGUAAUCAAAAGUUCAUCAGCCACAGUUGUGUUACUUUAUUGCUCAAUGCCAGAACUAAUCCCUUUUAUGAAAGUAGCAAGUGAAGAAAAUGUAACUGGAAGGGUCUGGGUUGCCAGUGGCAGCUGGAUGGUUUCACCUAUCUUUUCAUACAAUGAGUUUUGGAGAACCUUAAAUGGUACUAUUGGAUUAGCGCUCCCUUUGAUCCCAAUUCCAGGGUUUGGAAAGUUCCUGUACAGCAUUCAACCAUUCCUAUACCCAGCAGAUAUUUUCAUGAUAUCAUUUUGGGAGGCAGGGUUUAGCUGCUUGUGGCAUAGCGAAAGUGAGAAUGAGACUGAAACCCCAAACAAUGGAAGUACUUUGUAUUGCACUGGAAAAGAAAAUCUUAAACAUUUACAGUCCCUUGGAUAUCACGAGGAAUCCUCAAGAUUUACCAUUCUUGUUUACAACGCAGUAUAUUCACUGGCCCAUGGUAUCCAUAACAUGAUUUCAUGCAGAACAGAAUUGCCAUGUUUUAACAUAAGUAGACUAGACCCAUGGAAGAUCUUGCAUUAUCUAAAGAGUGUGAGGGUAAAAAAUACUGCUGGCCAGGAACUCUCAUUUGAUGAGAAUGGGGACCAACCUUGCAAACUUGAGUUUAUGAACUGGCAAGCGCUUCCCAAUGGUCAAACAAAGUACGUCAAAUUUGCAAUUUCUGAUCACCAUAUUGCCAUAAGUAAUGACACAAUUUUCUGGAGUGGAGGUUUUACACAGGUACCAAUAUCCACAUGUAGUAAAAGCUGUCCUACAGGAUACAGAAAAGCCCCACAGAAGGGACAACCUGUCUGCUGUUUUGACUGUAUCUUAUGUUCUGAAGGGGAGUUUAGCAAUGAAACAGAUUCAAUAAUCUGUAAGAAGUGCCCUGAAGACAUGUGGGCAAAUGAAAAACAUAAUGACUGCAGGGUACGAAGUUGGGAGUUUCUGUCAUAUAAUGAGACCUUAGGAGGCACUUUGGCUACUCUUUCAAUUGUGGGAUCUUUCAUCCCUCUCGGCAUCCUGGCAAUUUUUAUCAAAUACUCGGAAACACCUGUUGUGAGAGCUAAUAACCGGACUCUUAGUUACCUCCUCCUACUUUCCUUGUUUUUCUGCUACCUCUGCUCUCUAUCAUUUAUUGGCCGCCCUGUUUCUAUAAUCUGUGUCCUCAGGCAGUUUAUAUUUGGGAUCAGUUUUGUCAUGAGCAUUUCAUGUAUCUUGGGAAAGACAAUGAUGGUGGUGAUCGCCUUCAACCUCACCCAGCCAAGGAACAGCAGGAGAAUGUGGAGGGGGUCUCAAUUACCUAUCAGUUUGGUGCUGGUGUGCACAACUAUACAAAUUAUUAUAUGUGUUGGUUGGCUUGCAAACUCUCCACCAUUUACAUAUGAUGACAAAAAGUCAAAGACUGGUACCAUUAUUGUGGAAUGUAACAAGGGAUCACCUGUUGCUUAUGCAUGCACAAUGGGAUAUAUGGGAUUCCUAGCUACUUUGUGUUUUGUAGUUGCUUAUUUAGUGAGAAAUUUGCCAGGCAGAUUCAAUGAGGCCAAACUGAUCACCUUUAGUAUGUUGAUAUUUGGAGCUGUUUGGAUCUCCUUCAUCCCAGCCUACCUCAGCACCACAGGGAAGUACAUGGUGGCAGUGGAAGUGUUUGCAAUUUUGUCUUCAAGCAGUGGAUUAGUGGCAUGUAUAUUUUUUCCUAAAUGCUACAUUAUUAUAGUGAGACCAGAGAAGAAUAAGAAAGAAAGAACAUCAUUUAAAGACUGA